UGCAUAGCAACGGAACGACGUGAAAUAAUUUGAACAAAAAUUUCAAAUUUUUAUUAAUAAAACAAAGCAACUAUCGUCAAAAGUAGGCAUUCCAUUUUCAGGUGCGCUUGUGCAUUGGUGCAAAGUUGUAAGUAAAAGAAAGGAUCUACAAUGGCCGACUUUUGCUUCGCUGUUGAUGCAAACUACCCCGGAACAGGUCCAAAGCCCACACCAAAUUUCCUAUACACACCCUGCCACUGUCCGGUCGGAGACCAUUGUCACGAGAACGCUGAGGACGUCGUUCUAAGGAGAAGGAAGCGGUACAAAACCUCUCGUCGAAUCCGGUACCUAGCGUGCCCUCGUCGGGUGCGACAGAAGUUUCAUCACCGGCCGGUGUUGGUGCGACGACAGGAAACUGAAAUAGUCCGUUCGUAUCAGGAACCCUACGCAUCCCGGCGCAUCCAACAAUUGGCGCUACCACGCGUGCGAAGCCUGCUAGUGGUUCGGCAGCAUUACCGCCGUCUUUUGUCUGAGGAACAGGAGAAGCAACUUAAUAACUGGAUCAAAAAGAGUGUGCUGACUAUCUACUCGCAGCUAGCCAGUGUUGAGCUUCCAGAGCAGCCGGCUGCCAAGAUUAUGACGAUGGAAGAUUGGCAACGGCAUCAGGAAUGGUUAGACCGGAAUGCGCGCCACAAGGAACCGCCCGUCUUAACGAGUCCACAGAGCAAACGGAAGCCGCUCGCCGAACUGCUAGAUCGAGUCGAAAGUCUGUCUAUUCCGAAGUAUAGUCGGAAGAAGGUGACUGGGAAAGAACCCAAAAUGCCUGCCGUUAAACCGGCUGCUCUAAAAGCAACUCCAUCGGAGCAUGUGAUGAAGCUAGCCGAACCGAUUGCACGGCGCCGUAGGGCUAGGGGGAUAGAGACGGAGGAUACUAGCAUUCCCGAGAAUGUACUCAAGGCUCAGGCCAGUGCACGCGUCUUAGAAUUGGCUACUCCGAAGCGCUACACUAAGGUGAACAACGAAUAUCGGGAUACUCCCUUUACUGUCGAACCGAACGCGCUAAAAGCGAAACCGAGCGAUCGGGUAUUGGAACUGGCGAAACCGAAGAAACUGUCGAAGAAGUAGGCUGGACUAAGGAUACCUGCGCGAAAGUGAGUUAUUCAGUUUAUCUCGGUUGCUUUGGCAAAGCCAGACUAACUUGUUUAUUGUCGUCCAGUACGGAUACGGG